UGAACUACGGAGAGUACAAUUUCUCUGCUCUAAUUUGUUUUCCUAGUCAUCAACCUUGCGCAGUACCACUGAAUAGGCGGUUCACUAUCAGCAUCUUGCACCAUGGACGCGGACAGAAACCCAAAGCUGUGGAGAUUCCUAAUAUUAGACAAAAAGAUGACGUUUCCCAUUUUAUUGUUGCUGAUACAGAGGGCCUCCAAAAUAGACGCACAGGACAGUGGCAUGGAAGAACUUGCAACUGAGAAAGAGGCUGAAGAAAGUCAUCGACAGGACAGCGUUAAUUUAUUGACAUUCAUUUUACUGCUGACCUUAACGAUUCUUACCAUAUGGCUAUUCAAACACAGAAGAGUUCGCUUUCUUCACGAAACCGGGUUGGCAAUGAUAUAUGGUUUGUUGGUGGGUGUGAUUCUGCGUUACGGCAUUCCCGCCACCAGCUACCACAACAAGACCCCGCCCAGCUGUAUCCUGAAGGAAGGGCCAGUCAGCACCCUGCUGCUCAACGUCAGCGGCAAGUUCUUUGAGUACACCUUCAAAGGGGAGAUCAACUCCCGGGAGAUCCACAACGUGGAGCAGAAUGAUAUGCUGCGCAAGGUGACCUUUGACCCUGAAGUAUUCUUCAAUAUACUGCUACCUCCCAUAAUAUUUCAUGCUGGAUAUAGUCUAAAAAAGAGACAUUUCUUCAGGAACCUGGGCUCUAUAAUAGCAUACGCCUUCCUGGGCACUGCCACUUCCUGUUUUGUCAUCGGGAACUUGAUGUAUGGGGUGGUCAAACUCAUGCAGUUUGCAGGACAACUCACAGAUAAGUUCUACUAUACUGACUGCCUCUUCUUUGGUGCCAUCAUCUCAGCAACAGACCCAGUGACCGUCCUGGCCAUCUUUAACGAGCUCCAUGCGGAUGUGGAUCUCUACGCCCUGCUGUUUGGAGAGAGCGUCAUGAACGAUGCCGUGGCCAUCGUCCUCUCCUCGUCCAUCGUCGCCUACCAGCCUAGCGGAGCCAACACGCACACGUUCGACGCUGCAGCUUUCUUCAAGUCCGUGGGGGUUUUCCUGGGAAUCUUCAGCGGCUCGUUCGCCAUGGGAGCCGUCAUCGGCGUGGUCACUGCCCUCAUAUCCAAGUUCACCAAGCUGCACUGCUUCCCCCUGCUGGAGACAGCCCUCUUCUUCCUCAUGUCCUGGAGCACCUUCCUACUGGCUGAGGCCUGCGGGUUCACAGGGGUGGUGGCCGUGCUGUUCUGUGGGAUCACCCAGGCUCACUACACCUACAACAACCUGUCAGAGGAGUCCACCAAGAGGACCAAGCAGCUGUUCGAGGUGCUGCACUUCCUUGCAGAGAACUUCAUCUUCUCCUACAUGGGGCUGGCUCUGUUCACCUUCCAGAACCACAUCUUCAGCCCCAUCUUCAUCCUCGGGGCGUUUUUCGCCAUCUUUAUAGGGAGGGCCUUCAACAUCUACCCAUUGUCCUUCCUGCUCAACCUGGGCCGCAGACAGAAGAUCAGCGGAAACUUCCAGCACAUGAUGAUGUUUGCAGGGCUGCGAGGGGCGAUGGCGUUUGCCCUGGCCAUCCGGGACACGGCCACCUACGCCCGGCAGAUGAUGUUCACCACCACGCUGCUCAUCGUGUUCUUCACCGUCUGGGUGUUCGGAGGCGGGACCACCCCCAUGCUGUCCUGGCUACACAUCAGGGUUGGGGAACGCACCCAGGAAGAGGACCCGGAGCACCAGCGUAAACAGUGGCAGUAUGUCAGGGUGGGAGUGGACCCAGACCAGGACUUGCAGCAAUGCGGAGACAACUUCCUGGUCCUCCAAGGGGACGGGUCCCAGGUGGAGGGUCAGAGCAAGACCAGGCAGGAGAGCGCCUGGUUCUUCAGGCUGUGGUAUACCUUCGAUCACAACUACUUGAAGCCCAUCCUGACUCACAGCGGCCCCCCCCUCACCACCACCCUGCCAGUCUGCUGUGGUCCACUGGCACGCUGCCUAACUAGCCCUCAGGCCUAUGAGGUGAGUACUGUACACACACACUCACUCUUUUGUUUUUUUGUUCUGAAAGUCUGA